AGACGACGGCGGCUUUUCUCCGAAGCGCACGGCUUUCGUCAGGCUCUCUCGGGUUUGUUUUUUUGUUGUAGUUUUGUCGUUUGGGUUUUUUUUUUUUCUCGUUUUGUUUUGGUUUUAUCCAGCACGCCAGCGCGUGCUUUUCUUCCCUGAUUUUUUCUCUACUCCACAGCUCUCUCCCACCUGCUUGCUACCCAGGACCGGUCCGCGGGUCUCCGCCAUGGCCUCUGAGACAGAGAAACUUCUGUGUCUUAACACAGAAAGCGCAGAGAUUCCUGCUGAUUUUGUGGAGCUGCUGCCACCGGAUAAUAUCGGUGAUAUCGAGGCGGUUUCUCUGGAAACCAGCGUAGGCCAAACCAUCGAAGUAUAUGGAGAUGUAGGUGUCGAUUGGGCGCAUGGUAGCCAAUACCACUCUCCUGUUAUUGCUCUGCAGCCGCUUGUGGGCAGCAGCCUGAGUAGUAGAGAUCAUGAUAAGGAAAUGUUUGUCGUUCAGACACGAGAGGAGGAGGUGGUGGGCUACCAAGACUCAGACAACCUACUAUUCAGUCCUGAAUUUGGAAGCCAGAUGGUUUUGCCAGUUAAUGAAGACGACUAUCUCCAGCCGACCACUGCCUCUUUUACGGGCUUUCUGGCGGCAGAGAAUGGUCAAGGUGAGCUCAGCCCCUAUGAAGGGAAUCUCUGUGGUUUGACGACCUUUAUAGAGGCCGGUGCAGAAGAAAGCGUGAACGCUGACCUGGGUGACAAACAGUGGGAGCAGAAGCAGAUCGAUGGUCUUGAUGGCGAAUUUCCCUUCACCAUGUGGGACGAUGUUAAUGAAAAAGAAGAUCCCAUAGCUGAAGAACAGGCUGGUGAGUCACCCCCCGAUUAUUCUGAGUAUAUGACAGGAAAGAAAUUUCCUCCUGAAGGAAUACCUGGCAUUGAUCUUUCUGAUCCCAAACAACUGGCAGAAUUUACUAGCAUGAGACCCAAAAAGCCAAAAGGAGACUUUCCAAGACCUAUAGCAUGCUCUCAUAAAGGCUGCGAGAAGAUGUUCAAAGAUAAUUCUGCUAUGAGAAAGCACUUGCACAUCCAUGGGCCGAGAGUGCAUGUCUGUGCAGAAUGUGGCAAAGCUUUUGUUGAGAGUUCCAAGCUGAAACGUCAUCAGCUUGUUCACACUGGAGAGAAACCCUACCAGUGUACCUUUGAAGGCUGUGGGAGACGCUUUUCCCUGGAUUUCAAUUUGCGCACACAUGUGCGAAUCCAUACUGGAGACAAACCUUUCGUGUGUCCAUUUGAUGCCUGCAACAAGAAGUUUGCACAGUCAACAAACCUGAAAUCGCAUAUCUUAACCCAUGUUAAGAACAAGAAUGACCAGUAAAAAGAAGUGAGAGUCCCUUUGAAGCCUGGGAAGUAUUUUACAGUAAUGUGCCUGAGAAUAAAUAUGCCCCUAGUUUGAAUAGUUUCUAGGAAAGUUAUUGCAAAUGAAUUUUGUACAUAUCUGAAGUUUAUGUUUUGAUAGAUCAAAAAGUUAAAAGUUUUAUGUUCUUAAGAUGCUCUAUUUUAUACUGCAGUGGUGUUUUGCAAAGUUUGGUUUCAACAGGAGACUAAUUCACAAACCUCAUAUUGUUGCUAAAGAUGGCCUGCAUUCUUUUUAUGCUGAAGUGUUUUGAGAUAUUUGGUUAACAAGAGACAAAACUGUGAACCUCAUAUUCCUAAGAUACCCUAUCUUCUACAGUGGUAAUUUUAUGAAAGUUGCUUUCAACAAGAGACUAUUUCAAGAACUAGAUAUCCCAAGAUGACCUGUUUUAUUCUGCAGUGGUAUUUUUAUGAAACUUGCUUUCAGCGGACUAAUUCAAAUGGUCUGUGCUAUUUUGCACUGAAGUUUUUUGAGAAGUUUGAUUUCAGUAGACUAAAUUACAAACCCUAUUGUCACUAAGAUGUACUGUGUUAUUCUGUGAGAUGAUUUUUUUGUGAAGUUUGGUUUCAACAGGGGACUAAAUCACAAACCUCAUAUUGCUCAGGUAUCCUAUCUUCUGCAAUGGUGUUUUUUUGAAGUUUGGUUUCACCAAGAGACAAUUUCGUGAACUUCAUAUGCUAAAAUGAUCUGUAUUAUUCAACAAGGUGUUUUUAUGAAACUUGCUUUCAACAAACUUCAUUUUGCUAAGGUGUCUUGUAUUACUCUGCAAUAGUGUUGUAAAGUUGAUUUUGACAUGAGAAUAACUCAUGAACCUCAAAACAUAAUGUUGCUAACAUGUCCUGUUUGUUUAGUGGUGUUUUUUGAAGUUUGGUUUCAACAGGAGACUUAAUUCAUGAGCCCCAUAUUUUUGUUGAGAUGUCCUGUCGUAUUUUGCAAUGUUUUUUUUUUUUUCUGUGAAGUUUGGUUUAGACAGGGAAUAAUUUAUGAAAUCCAUGUCAAAUUACAUUUCUUUAUACAACUUUGUGAAUUGGGAUUCUCAUAAAUAUGAAGUUUACUUAUAUUUUAAAAUUGUGUGUUAUAAAUGUUCAUGUUUAUACUUUUAGGAAUAUGUCUAGUAAUUGUAUAUCUGAUGUCUGUGGAGUUGAUGUUUGUAAAGAAUUGACAGCUUUAUGCAUUCAUAUUAUUCUGAUAAAGAAACUUUAAGUUUGACAGUAUUCCUUGAUAACCAAGACAUUUUGUACAAGUUUCUUUUAUCUGUAUUAUACAGUAUAGAAUAUUAUAUGACAUAAUUUUAUUAGCCAGUUCUUUUAGUCACUUUAUCCCAUCCCCGAAUAUUAUUUAGAGUGCUUGAGUGUAAUUUCUUUGAUCAAUUAAGAAGUUUGUGUUGAUUGCAUAAUAUCUUGUCUUGACAUUGAUUGCAUGUUUGAUGGAUAUUUUCGUGCUAUAGAACAAAAAUAAAACUGUUUGAAGAAUU